CCACAGCAUGUCGGGCCGGUCGGUGCGGGCCGAGACCCGCAGCCGCGCCAAGGAUGAUAUCAAGCGAGUGAUGGCGGCCAUCGAGAAAGUGCGCAAAUGGGAAAAGAAAUGGGUAACGGUUGGAGACACCUCCCUGAGGAUUUACAAAUGGGUACCAGUAACGGAGCCAAAAGGAGAUGAUAAAACCAAGAAUAAGAAAAAGGGCAAAGAUGAAAAGUGUGGUUCUGAGGUCACGACUCCAGAGAACAGCUCCUCUCCUGGCAUGAUGGAUAUGCAUGAUGAUAACAGCAACCAGAGUUCGAUAGCUGAUGCUUCUCCGAUAAAACAAGAGAACAGCAGCAAUUCGAGUCCCACGCCAGAGCAGAAUUCAACGGGACAGGCAGAUGGUCCUGAAACGAAGUCUGAUGAUGCGCAAACAGAUGCGAAAGAGGAACCUGGUUCAGAAGAUGCAUCCGAUGAACAAAAUUCACAAUCUUCAUUGGAGAAUUCCAUGAAUAGUUCAGAGAAAGUCGAAACUCAGCCGCUGACAGAAAAUGACACUGCCACAGAGGCAUCUAAAAACUCUCAGGACUCUGAAGGAGUGCCACCUUCUAAAAAGAUGAAAGUAGAGGCUCCCUCUCAACAAAAUGUGGAUGAAAUAUAGACGCUAGAUUUUUUUUCCCCUGGCCAGUUUUUACAUAAGGUACAUCAGUGGGCUAAAUUAUAGAACAACCAUACUUAAGUAUCUUGUCUCAGAGGAAGACAGAACUCCUACAAACUUUUCAAGUUACCAAGCAAAAAUCCAAGAAAACCAAGCAAAGGCUUCAGACACUGAACUUUCUUUCCUGUGAAAUGAAAUGUUGAGAAUUUUAAGUUACUGUCUCUGAAAUGGUUGGAGUGAACAACUCAGGAGGGGUCUACGCACUGUUUCUAACGUCAGAAUUACAAUUAAGUUGCUGCUGUAUUUUUUCCAUUUUUCUAUUUAACAUUUUAAGAUAUUUAAGGAUGGUACAGGUCAGGUAUUAUCUAUUCAUGUGAAGUUCAUUGUUCUGGUUUGAUGUCUGCUCUUCUUUUUCUUUUUUUUGUGCCUUGUGUUCCAAAACGAGCCAGUGCUAAUUUUUUUAACGUGAGUUUUCUCACCCCCCCUACCCCCAUCUCUUGCAAAGUGGCCUAUGUUUCUACAAUGCCAUAUAUGAAGCUUUAGGUGUGUUUCCCCCCCCCCCCUUCAAUUUUAUACCCUGGUGCUUACUGUUCUAACAUGGAGAUAUUGUGAGAGAAAUCAGGAGGCUAUUUUCA